UUGCGUCGCUCUGACGCAGGGGGUUUCCAUCAUGGCGUCGAUGCAGAAAAGGCUACAAAAGGAACUAAUGGCUUUGCAAAAUGAUCCACCCCCUGGAAUGACACUCAAUGAGAAAAGUGUACAGAACACCAUCACACAAUGGAUUGUAGAUAUGGAAGGAGCCACGGGCACACUCUAUGAAGGAGAGAAAUUUCAGCUGCUUUUCAAAUUCAGUAGUCGGUAUCCUUUCGAUUCACCUCAGGUAAUGUUCAUGGGAGAGAAUAUACCUGUACAUCCUCACGUUUAUAGCAACGGUCACAUCUGUCUGUCCAUACUAACAGAAGACUGGUCGCCAGCCCUCUCAGUGCAGUCAGUCUGUCUCAGCAUUAUCAGCAUGCUGUCCAGCUGCAAAGAAAAGAGACGGCCCCCUGAUAACUCCUUUUACGUAAAAACGUGUAACAAGAAUCCGAAGAAGACAAAAUGGUGGUAUCACGGUGAGUAGAUGAUACAUGCUAAUCCACUUUCUAAAAGUCCUACUGUCCCACAUAAAGCACUUUUGAAUCAUACAGUCACUGAACUCUGCCCUUUUGACUGGAACAAUGGACACCGUGAUGCGCCGGAGACAUUUUUUAAACUGCAUUUCCCAGAGGGCAGUUGGGUGCAUGUUUUUGCCGGUUGUAAUAUACAAAAUGAGAAAAAUAAAGGAAAGUUAUAUGUCCCAACAAUGGAUUGUUUUGGCCAAAAGGUCGUUAUGCAGCCAGCAAAAAGCAAUGGUUUUGAAGUGGAGAUUAUUAUUAUUGUUUAAACAUGAUUCGUGUUUCCUUUUGUGUUUGUUUGAGUACAUUUAAAAGGUUGUCAUCAUGUGUUGUGUAAUAAUAACAAUAACAACAGUGGUGCAUACCAGGAAGAGGAUCUGAGCAUCUAAUACCAGGAAGAGGAUCUGAGCAUCUAAUACCAGGAAGAGGAUCUGAACAUCUAAUACCAGGAAGAGGAUCUGAGCAUCUAAUACCAGGAAGAGGAUCUGAACAUCUAAUACCAGGAAGAGGAUCUGAACAUCUAAUACCAGGAAGAGGAUCUGAACAUCUAAUACCAGGAAGAGGAUCUGAGCAUCUAAUACCAGGAAGAGGAUCUGAGCAUCUAAUACCAGGAAGAGGAUCUGAGCAUCUAAUACCAGGAAGAGGAUCUGAGCAUCUAAUACCAGGAAGAGGAUCUGAACAUCUAAUACCAGGGAGAGGAUCUAAUACCAGGAAGAGGAUCUGAGCAUCUAAUACCAGGAAGAGGAUCUGAGCAUCUAAUACCAGGAAGAGGAUCUGAGCAUCUAAUACCAGGAAGAGGAUCUGAGCAUCUUAACCCCAAAAAACUAAAAUAGUUUUGCUUUUACUGAAAUUAAAUGCACUGUGAAAAAAUCUAGGGGUACAACUAACUCAAUGUUAGUUAUUCCAGACAUGCAGUUAACUUCUGUAAAAACACUAAUACAUCACCACUUCCUGUUUUCAGGGGAUAAUAUGGUUUUAAAUGGCUUUACCCUUUAACCCUUUAAUCAAGUGCAGUACUUCCUCUCUGCCUUCCAUCUUCCAAGGACAGACUUGAUUUCAGACGUUGUGAAUUUGUCGGGUCUAUGUGUUGGCUAGAAUGUUGGUACUGACCAGGUUGAGACAAGAACGACAGUUGGAACUCUUUAAUUCGCUGAGACUGUUACCUCUCUAGAAUAAUAUAGGCUGCGUACAUAGUGGUGUUUGCUAGUCCAUUCGGUAAAGCCCAGGGGUGUGUGAACAUCACCUCUGUGUAAACAUCACCUCCGUGAAAACAUCACCUCCGUGUAAAGCCCAGGGGUGUGUGUAAACAUCACCGCCGUGUAAAGCCCAGGGGUGUGUGUGAAAACAUCACCUCCGUGUAAAGCCCAGGGGUGUGUGAACAUCACCUCCGUGUAAAGCCCAGGGUGUGUGUAAACAUCACCGCCGUGUAAACAUCACCGCCGUGUAAAGCCCAGGGGUGUGUGUGAAAACAGCACCUCCGUGUAAAGCCCAGGGGUGUGUGAACAUCACCUCCGUGUAAAGCCCAGGGGUGUGUGUAAACAUCACCGCCGUGUAAACAUCACCACCGUGUAAAGCCCAGGGGUGUGUGUGAAAACAGCACCUCCGUGUAAAGCCCAGGGGUGUGUGUGAAAACAUCACCUCCGUGUAAAGCCCAGGGGUGUGUGUAAACAUCACCACCGUGUAAAGCCCAGGGGUGUGUGUGAAAACAGCACCUCCGUGUAAAGCCCAGGGGUGUGUGUGAAAACAUCACCUCCGUGUAAAGCCCAGGGGUGUGUGUGAACAUCACCUCCGUGUAAAGCCCAGGGGUGUGUGGUGAAAACAUCACCUCCGUGUAAACAUCACCUCCGUGGAAAGCCCAGGGUGUGUGAACUGUUGUGAUCCAUUUGUAUGAUACUUUGGUUUGUUUUUGAUGAGAUGAAUGCUUUAAUCUCCUAAAAACAUAUUUUACGAUGUUUUGUCUUGUUGGUUUUUUGUACUGUUUUUCAGUCAGCUGACACUUCAUUAUUUUUUUUAAAGGGGGAGUUGUGUAUUUAAUGAAGAUCUUUUAUUUUGAUCUCCAGAGUGGUAGUAACAGUGAAAGGAAUCAGAACUGUUGUUUAGACUGAUUCCCUGGUCAGAGAUUGGCUCGACUGAUUCCCUGGUCAGAGAUUGGCUCGACUGAUUCCCUGGUCAGAGAUUGGCUCGACUGAUUCCCUGGUCAGAGAUUGGCUCGACUGAUUCCCUGGUCAGAGAUUGGCUCGACUGAUUCCCUGGUCAGAGAUUGGCUCGACUGAUUCCCUGGUCAGAGAUUGGCUCGACUGAUUCCCUGGUCAGAGAUUGGCUCAGGUACUUUUUUUUCAAUACGAGCUCACCUUGGAAAAAGAUAUCCUCCUGUCAGAUAUUUUGCAUUUUAACUAUAUUUUCACCAAAAAAAAGAGACUUAUGUUGUGAAAUUACAGCGUAUGAAACUAUUAUAUAAAAGUCUUAAAUUGUAGAAAUGACGUUAUUACGGAAGUUGGAAAUGGGUGCGUAUAUAUUAUUUUUACUGUUUAGAGUGAUUAAUAGGAGUGUUUUUGAGUUUCUCUGCAAUGUUUCUGGUCAAUAGGAUGUGUACAGCUAGUAUAGUUUUCAACAACACCUCUACUGUUGGUCUGAUGAGGUUGGUAUGCUUGCUGAGUUUAUAUGGACUUUCGUGCCAUUUUAUAUUAUCAAGUGAAACGAAUGAAGUCUAAAACAAAUGUCUUAGUUUUGCAAAAAAAUAAAGUAUUGAGAGAAAAAAAAUAUAUAUAUUGCAAAGGAAAUAAUUUUGAAGUGUGUGUGAACCAAUUAAUUCAGAAUUAUUAUCGGGGUCAGCAGUAUAAGAGGGGGCGUUUGAACACAGUGUUUCACUGAAAACUAUUUAUUUUAUUUUAUUCAUUUGUUCCACGCAUUUCAAAAUUAUUUCCUUGAAUAUUAUUGCACUCAAUACUUUUGGGUUUAUUUAGUUUUCGAUUUUGUUCUCCGACUUCAGAAGUUUUGCUUGAUAUUAAUGGCACAAAAUGAACCCCGUAAAUUUAAACGGGCUGUUUCUGUAUCUACUACAACCUUACUGUGAGAUUGAAUCAGCAGACCUCGCCUACGACUCCAAGGCUCUAUGGUUCCAUCCUAUUCCCUAUAUAGUGCACUACUUUAGACCAGAGCCCUAUGGAACCCUAUGCCCUAUAUAGUGCACUACUUUAGACCAAAGCCCUAUGGAACCCUAUGCCCUAUGUAGUGCACUACUUUAGAUCAGAGCCCUAUGGAACCCUAUUCCCUAUAUAGUGCACUACUUUGACCAGAGCCCUAUAGAACCCUAUUCCCUAUAUAAGGCACUACUUUAGACCAGAGCCCUAUGGAACCCUAUUCCCUAUAUAGUGCACUACUUUGACCAGAGGCCCUAUGGAACCCUAUUCCCUAUAUAGUGCACUACUUUUGACCAGAGCCCUAUAGAACCCUAUUCCUAUAUAUAGAGCACUACUUUUGACCAGAGCCCUAUGGAACCCUAUUCUAUAGUGCACUACUUUAAACCAGAAUAUGGGUCCUGGUCUAAAGUAGUGCACUAUAUAGGGAAUAGGGUUCUAUAGUGCACUACUUUAAACCAGAAUAUGGGCCCUGGUCUAAAGUAGUCCACUAUAUAGGGAAUAGGGUUCUAUAGUGCACUACUUUAAACCAGAAUAUGGGCCCUGGUCUAAAGUAGUCCACUAUAUAGGGAAUAGGGUUCUAUUUGGGAAAGUAAACCACAGUCUGUCACAUUAUGACAUUUAGUGCAGGGACAAAAAAGCCUUCGUCCACAGACCAGCAGACAUGUUAAAACCAGGAGUGGAUCUGUCAACAGGAUUCGGAUCUCUCUCUUUUUGUUUUCUACUUUUAUUUUCCUGAUUUUAAUUAGUUUUAUAUAUAUAUUUUUUUCACAUUUUAAUGUGGUUUGGAUUCUUGGCCUGCAGAUUGUUGUGAUUGAUCAAUAUUGAUUAUUGGUAAUAUUGUUAUAUUUCUAAUAUAUUUUGAGAUAUACAAGCUCCAUGUCAGAGAUGCCUGUUCAUUUUAAUAAUCAAUAAUAAAAAUGCGGAGGUUCA